AUGAUGCGCAAGCAUUUUCUUAGCUUGGAAAUACAGAUUGUAAAAUUCCGAAAUGAAACUUGCCGGAAAGUAUUACCCAAAUGGCGGAGAAGAUGGUUUGCAUUACGACAAUCUGGUGAACUACCAGGGCAGUACUUCCUAGACUAUUACUCUGAUAGAAACAGACGGCGUUUAAAGGGUUCUAUAAAUCUCGAUCUUUGUGAGCAAGUUGAUGCUGGUUUGCAUAUGACUCGUAACAGUACUGGAAUACUAGAUCCUCGAAUACGUGGUUCAGUUUUCUCCAUUCAAACUCAGUCCAGAACAUAUCACUUAGAAGCAGAUUGUGAAGAAGAUAUGGAAAAGUGGGUUGAUGCAAUAUGUCGUGUUUGUGGCUUAAGGGCUACAAGUUCACCUCCAGAACCAGUUGUUACAAUUAUAACUGCAAGUGAAGAAUUGCGCGAAAUCGUCGUUCCCGGAAGUGGUACAUACCAAAACAGCACAAUGACGGUUAUGAAUGAUCAGUAUGAAUUUUCGGAGGGUACAGGACCUUAUAUACCGAUAUCUGAAUGCAUUACAGGAGUCCGUGCCGCGGAUUCCCAAAGUUCCUUCACCUUCGAUCCUAAUAAUAUAGUCAUUGGAGCUAAGUCAACCUUCGAGGGGCCUGAUAAAGGUCCACAGUAUUUAAGCCAUCCACACAUUCGUAUAAGUAAUGUUGACUUAUCUGAAAAUGAAUCUAAUAUAAGCGACGAGGAAUGUAAGUCGCUCAAUGCUAGUCAUUCUAAUAUAGCGAGAUACGGUAAUAUACCGGAUACCUGGCUACUUGCUAGAUCGUACGUUAGACCGGGGCCCGAUGAUGAGAAUAAACCUAACUUGAGAGCAUCUGGGAGUGGCGUCAGUAACAGACUCCGAGUGAGGUUUUCGAGUUUCAACAAAGAAGAAAAACCGAAGCCCCAUAGCAGCCCUAGAAGAAUACGCGACUCUGAAGAAGGCCCGCCGGUGCCACCGCGGCCGCCGAAGAGCGUCGGUUUCAAUACAGAGCAUAAGGAGUCGUUCCAGGGACCAAAGAUACAGGAGCCAGAAGGCGAUACAUCUCCCCCAUUCCCCUGGCUUCGUUCGUCCCGAAGAAUGUCACACGAGCAGCAGGCCGUUAAUCGGCCAAGGGUCGAGGAUAAUGCGUGUUGCCUCACCCAUUCUUUACAGCAAUACUGCAAUUUGUCGUCUCUGCCGCCGAUCGUGGACAGGGCAUUGAAGCCACGAAUGAAUAGUUCGGGCAUCUGUCACGUGAAUCAUGUCGCAGCUCAGACACUAUUGACGAUGCCGCCGGAACCUGCUAAUAGGCGUGCCAAAGCUUCGGACACGUUGCAGUACCUUGACUUGGAUCUUUCUAAUUCCCAGGAGCAAGGAGAACACUCACGCGCCAGUAAUUCAAGAUCGUUUUCUGCGGAAUCCCGUACCGAUUAUAAAACGGUCGAUUUCGUUAAAACUGAAGCCUUUAACAUUACACGACGCGACGCAGAGGCAUCUCGCAGUGUGCAACAAUGACUAAACCCGAUAUACGGUAAAGUAUACAAGAAAUGUAUAAAUAAAAAUGAUUUAUUUAUUCAUUAAAUUGUACACUCUAUCGUAUACGAGGGCGUACGUCACGACGACUUACUGUGAGUGAAAUGGACUUUUGAUAACCACCUAUUGAAUGGCAAUGUCGCAUCGUACAGUUAUAUUCGAAACCAAAAUAGUUUUCGCUAAAGGUACAUUUUUUUUUAAACAGUAAACAACAUUUGUAGAAAAUGGACUUUGAACAUUUCAGCAAAUCUGUAACACUUUUUCACCUAAACAGAAUAACACAUUCAAAAUACCUAAUUACUGGCCUAUAAUUAUAUUUUAAUAAAUUUCCAUUUUUCGACUAUAACGAAUUUAUGAUAACAAUAAACCGAUUUUCAAAUUUCAUGAAGCUUUAAGUGUUUGAAGUGUUCAUUUUUAUUCAUCUAAUAUUUCCAUUUCAAUUCCAAUUACAUUUUGAUAAAAAAAAUUCGAUCGAUCAAUGUUUUUUUUCACGGUAUCACAUGAAAAAUCGAGAAUUUUAAUAAUUUAUAAUUAUAAUCAUUCUAUACAAAUCUGUUCCAUACCUACAAUUAUUUGAGCUAAUGAAAGGUGGGAUAUUUUAAGUUUUAAAUGCUCUUAUUAAUUUUCGUAAUUCACGUACAUAUGAAUUAAAUAUAAUGAGGUAUUUUUUUAUAUAUUGACCAAUUUUAUAUUUCAUAAAAAAAUUAGUGAGAUUUACAAAAGUCUACAUGCUGUGUUCCGUCAUAAUCAUGUCAUCAUUUAAAUGACUGUAGAUUUUUUAAUGGAAACAUUUUUUAUUUAGCUAUUUAUAUAUGUACUCCAUUAGCUAAAUUAAUAAAACAGUGAGAAUAUAGUGAGACUAUGGGCCUUUGAAAUAUGGUUCCGGGUAUACAGGGAUACGUUUCUGUCACUGAAAUAGGAGCCAAACCUACGUUAUUAGGAAUAAAUUUCUAAUAAUAUGUAUUCUUAUUUCAACUGUCAUGACCUAAAUUAAUAAGUAUAUUUAUUUUAUUUCAUAGCAUAAAAAUAUAGCAAAGCUAAUUUUGAUAUAUACACUACAUGAAUGAAAGCUUUUUAACGAUGACAAUCCCAUGUCAAAUCCUGAUAGCAACAAAGCUUUAUUUUCUCUAAUGAUUUCAUAUAUUGUUAAAAAGAAAAUAUUUUAUAAUCAGAAUACUAUUUUGUACGGUAUGUAAGGAGUGAGUGACGUUUGUUCGUGCCUUGAAAUAGUGAGAUUUAAAGAAGUAGAUUUUAUUGGUUUGGCUCCUGUUUUAUUUAGCAACGUUUUGCAUGACUAUUGUUAUUUAUCAAAUAAAUUCAUGCAUUUGGUAAAAUCAAUACCUCCGCGAAAUAAAAGCAGAGAAUUUGUAGAAGCAUUGCAGUUUCUAUUUUCGGUGCUUUAUCAUUUUAAUGUUGGCUGAUGUUUAAAACUGCAGCUCAUUAAAAAACAUAACUAUACUUUUUAAUUUGUGGCACAAAUUGCAUUUCCUGUGAGUGGUUUAGAUUUUAUUUCAAUUAUACAGCACAUACUUUUUUAAUUAUGAUUACUACAUCUUUCAUAUGAUUUAAGUUUAGUCUUCCAAUUAUGUUUAUCAAUACAAAUGUAAAUAAAAAUAGUGAGAGGGUAUUAAACUUCUAUAUAGUAUGUAUAUAGAUUGUAGAUUUUUAUAAAAAAUUUAAAAAAAAAACAAAAACAUAAAAAUAUUGUUAGAAAUGAUACGCACAAUUAGAAUAAGAUAUAUUAUGUGUUGUGUCGAUAUAUAUUUUAUUUCAUUUUUAGUCUUAUCUUUUAUUCUUUGCGUAAUUUAAUUAUGGUAUUUCUUUAGGUACAAAAUAUUGUUUUAGCUUUACGUUGCCAAAUAUAUUUAAUUAUCGCAUUUUGGCAUUAUUGCAUUAGAAUUUUUAAUUUUAAUUUUUGUAGACAUUUAGUAUGUAAACCUUGUAUACGGAAGGCUUACCAGUACUUUAAUUUUUGUUAUUAAAUAAAUUUGAUUUCGAUAUUUUUUUUUGGUUUUAUUUUUUUAUUUCCUUAGUUUUUUUAUAACUGAUAGUAGAUAAAGGUUGUUUCUGUUGUGAUUUUUAUUGUAGUUGUGCCAAAUUCGUUAUCGAUCGUUUUUUAUGAGACAAUUUUAAAUUAUGUUAAUAUUAGAUCUUCGGAGCGCUGAAGACCGGUUUUUAAUAGGUAAUACUUAGGUUUAAAUAAUUUAUUUUAAUAAAUAAGAAGUUAUACUCGCCAUUCAAAAUAUUCUUAAUCUUAAAAAUCGAAUAUAUAAGCGAUUUAAAUGUAAUUUUGUAAAUAAUCCUGUAUAUAGAUAAUAUAGUUCUUGUCGAAAUAAGCAAGAAUGACGUUCAAAUACGUGAAUAUCCAUACCGUACGUUAACAAACAACCCGUUAGUAAAGAGCAAAAUGUAUUUGCAUAGUUGGCUCGCAGUGCUUCUCCAUAUGGCACCAAUGAAAAGAAUUGUAAACAUCUAGUUUCGUAGAAAUGUAACCAUCUUGUAUGAGAUAAAAAGCAAUGUAACAUCUUUAGAAUUUGCAGUGAAUACAAGUUAUUACGUGGGUUUAAUAAACCGAGUCAUAAGUCUCAAACGCACAACUAGCAAGUAAGUUAAAUGCCAUUUUUUUUUGUUUACGCGUAAUAUCGGUUAGAGUCAGGGAAGGUGUAAUGCUACUUAUUUAUUCAUUGUUUAACUAUAAAGACAGCUCGCAGCAGUCUUUGUUUUAAUUGUGUUUCGCUUUUUACAAAUAUUUCGCUAUUGCAAAAAAUAUUGUUUGUUUUAAAAAAGUUUUACGUAUGGGUUAUCAUUUAUUUUAUUAAAUCUCUUGCUUGACAUUCCUUUAGCGCGGCCUGUAUUCCAAAUCGAACCUUAGUGACCCGAGUGAGAGCCAACUCAUGUCUUGUCUUAAGAUUGCAAUCCGUUUUUUACCAUUUUUUACCAUAGCGAUGCUCAAGAUUAGAUUGUCACUUAACACGUAUUUUGAAUACGGGCCUUUCAAUGAAUCUAUAUUAUUAUGUAGCUCUAUGGUGAGCUUAAUGAUAGGAUUAAAUAUGUGAAUAUAAAUGAUAGGCAUGUAUGCAAUGGGGGUGUUUUUGAUUAUUAUUAAAUAAAUAAAUUAUAGUUGAGGGCCUAUAAUGUUCCUUAAAGUAUAAAUGCUCAAUUUUUAAACGCGUUAUGUAUGUUUUAAAUAUGUACUUAAAAAUAUCACAAAUCAUGUUUCAUUUUCGAUCCAAUUACAGCUGAGCUCUGUGAAUAUUUGUUUUUUAAAGAAUUACUGUCUAAGUUUAUUGCAAUGAAAUGUAUAUUAAUAUAAACAUACUCUUAGUUUGUUAAUGAAAUUAUUUAAUAAUAUUAUAUAUUAUUAGAGUCUUAUUUGUAAACACUGAAUCAAAGUAUCACAACAGACAUUUUACCGUAACAAUAUCGUAAAUUCAAUUUGUCAGAGACAAUAGAGUAAGGGCGAUAAAUAUUAAAGUAGCUAGGCCCGUAUAUUGUUACAAUAUUGUGUUACAGAAGAAGCAGGUAAAGAAGACAUUUUUUGUAUCGGUAUAAGUACUUAAAGCUAAUUUAACACAGCCACCCACUAAACGAGAUUGAAAUUUAAAAAAUGUCUUCUUUGUUAUAUAUAAAAUAGAAUUUUGCACUAUGAUACUAAUGUUUGACUGUUAAUAUUAAAUGCUCAGAAAAAGCUCGAUUAAAUCUGUGAUAAUCACAGACCGUACGCGUUAAUUUAACCAACUAACAGUAUAUAAAGUUACCGAAGGAUUGGUAAAGUAUUAACAAUAGUAUAAGAGCAUCGUUUGCUCACACCUCAUUAAUUAUUUCUUACACACAGAGCUCCAAUGUAAGAAGUAAUUAAUGGGCCUUGACCGUGUCGAGGCGGUCUAAGAAUACAAACCUCGACCCCAUGUCGGGACACAAGGGAGUCGUAAGAGGCGACUAAACCCGACGGUGGAAGGGCAAUUUCCGCCCGCCUGGUUAGCAACCACCCUCCAAAUGAAGCCAGCCUAUUUGGCCCAAACGGGAGCACCAGUUUUCCCCUUUCGCCUAUCCCUUUUUCUUCUCUACUCUUCUUUUCCUUUCCCUAUCCUUCUCCUUUACCUUCCUUCCUUUGUACUUUGAUAUGUUUAAUCAGUAUUUUGAUGUUUACUAAAUGUGUAGAUUUAAUGUGUAGUUCUAUAUAAUCAAUUAUAACUUAAUGUUAAUUGUAAGCAAUGUCCGAUUUCUGCGCGAUAAUGAGUUAGAUGGGUGCGACGGUUUGGUGGAGAGAGAUGGAAAACCUAUUUGAUCUCAGAUGUUGGACAUUGAAAUUCAUUAGUCAGCAUUAUUUAUGAAGUGUAAUCCAGUGUCAUACAUGUUAAACGUCGUGCAUUGCGCUCGUGUUGCCCGUCUAUUUAAGGCAAUAUUAGCCAAUGUGUCUGUCGUAUUAGAGCAGUAUUAUUCUUAGUAGUUUUAAUCAUAUUUUAGGACGUUAUCUCGUUAAACAAUUUUUCAAGUUUCUCUCAUGGAACCCCAGAUAAGAUGCAUUUAUUAGAUCAUAAGGACUGUGAACAACAGCGAUGUAUAAGAUAUUGAAAGCCACUAUAUUCAACCCAGAUAAGAUGCAUUUAUUAGAUUAUAAGGACUGUGAAAAACAGUGAUAUAUAAGAUAUUGAAAGCCAUUAUAUUCAAGUAUUAAAUUAGUAAUUAUUUAUAAUCUCUUGGUGUUAUGUGUCUGUAACCUUAGUCGCUGAAUUUGACAUUUUGGUUGUGUGGAUACAGAUGGAAUUUAGGGAUCGAAAAUAGAUGUAAGUGGAAAAUCUGUGGAGCAAAGGAAUUCAGCCUUAGCCUAUAAUUAAAAUGCUCAUAUUAUCUAGAUGUCUAUUAUAAGUGUCUAUUUAUUGGUGUUUAUGAAAUAUGACGCCCGCACUUUGUCACUUCCAAGAUUUUACCAUACUUUUUAAAAAUAUUUUCUUCUUGUUUAGUUAUUACAAUAUGUUGAGAUGUAUUCAUUCUUUCGAGUCUACUGAAAUCACUACUGUAUUUUCAUAUGCGGGUUUAAUACGUGUUUUAUGUGUAAUAAAAAAUAAUAAAAUGU